CGACCCUCGUGGCAGUCAGUGAGAGUUCAAAACGUCAAGGACCCUCGCCCUCCAUCGGCCCCACCCACGGCGCGCGCUUCUCUCCUAAAAACCACCCCUUUGAUUGUUUAUUACAUAAGGAAAAUCCGGGAAAUUAUCAAAUGAAACAAGGAGCUAAGCUAACGAGUCAGAUGAACAACAGACGUGAACUAAAUCCAGAUCAAAGAAGAGCAAAGAAUGAGGGUGAUCGGCGACGUCGCCGAGAGCAUACAGUGGAGUUUCAGAGACUGCAGAUGGCGGAGGCCGAGUUACAGGCCUUAUUGGAGACGCAAAGAAGCGAGAAUAGGAAUUUAAGAGAGAAGAAUGAAAGGCUGAACGCUAUGUUGUCAAAUCUCAUGAACAUGAUACAUCAACUACGUGAAGAGAGACGGCAACAACGAGAAACCAUGGAGAUGUCCCGUUUAUUUGUUUGCAGGUUGACUCAUGGAUUCAAUUUGAUAGAGUUCCAAGUCCCAAUGAAGAUGGUGCAAGUAAUGAGGCUACUACUCGAGGGAAUUAAAAAGCGCUCUUACCAGCUAGCUUUUAAUUCUCUCCAAUGCGCUUAGAUGAUAUGAUCCCCUUCAUGCUUUUACCACAGUGCAUACUUUAUGAACUUGGUAGUCCUUAAAUAGCUAUGAAAGCAAUUUUAUCCUUGCAGUAUCGUGCUAGUCUUUGCGUAUCCAGCACUUGUUAAGAGUUGGGUUUCCUUCUGUAGAAAGACCAAUCUUUGUGUUUGUAGCAUUUGUUAAAGAGUUGCAUUUCCUUUGGCAGAAA